GUUUUUUUCUGGAGACGUAGUCGCGUAGGUUUUAAGUACUCAUGAAUAUGAUACAGAAGGAAAUCAUAAAACUUCUGGUCGGAUUACCACGUGAAAGAUCUGCAGGCGUCUCCUCAACAACUAAGACAAGGCUGCCACCAAGUUGCCCAUUUUAGUUACAAUUCUUUGCACAAUCAACCGGAGUUACCAGCUGAGAUGAUCCACAGUCUGUUCCUUAUUAAUCACUCUGGAGACAUCUUCCUGGAGAAACACUGGAAGAGUGUCAUCAGCCACAGUGUGUGUGAUUACUUUUUCGAGGCCAAGGAGAAGGCGGUGGACCCAGAGGAUGUGCCCCCUGUCCUGCAGACCCCACACCACUAUCUAAUCACAGUGCACAGGGGCAAGCUGUUCUUCCUCUCAGUCGUCCAGACGGAAGUCCCUCCACUGUUUGUCAUUGAGUUCCUGCACAGAGUGGCAGACACAUUUCAGGACUACUUUGGAGAGUGCUCAGAAAGUGUAAUCAAGGACAAUGUGGUGACAGUGUACGAGCUGUUGGAGGAGAUGCUGGACAACGGCUUUCCACUAGCAACAGAGUCCAACGUCCUCAAAGAGCUGAUCAGGCCUCCCACCAUCCUGCGAUCAGUUGUCAACACACUCACAGGAAGUAGUAAUGUUGGAGAUACAUUACCAACAGGUCAACUAUCCACUAUCCCAUGGAGGCGUGCUGAUGUGAAAUAUACCAAUAAUGAGGCAUAUUUUGAUGUGAUAGAGGAAAUAGAUGCCAUCCUGGACAAAUCAGGUACGACAGUGUUUGCAGAGAUCCAGGGUGUAAUUGAAGCCUCUGUGAGGCUCACUGGGAUGCCUGACUUGACUCUGUCCUUCAUGAAUCCUCGUCUUCUCGAUGACGUGAGUUUCCACCCGUGUGUGCGGUUUAAGCGCUGGGAGUCGGAGCGCACUCUCUCUUUCAUCCCGCCAGAUGGAAACUUCACACUCAUGAACUAUCAUGUCAGCUCUCAAAAUCCCGUGGCCAUUCCAGUGUACGUGAAGCAGAGCAUCAGUUUCUUUGAGUCAGGACCUUGUGGUCGCCUGGACAUCACGAUCGGACCCAAGCAGACCAUGGGGAAGACGGUGGAGGCUUUAAUGGUCAAAAUCCACAUGCCUAAAGCUGUGCUCAGUGCCAACCUCACAGCCACACAGGGAAACUACACCUACGACCUCCCUAACAAGGUGUUGGUUUGGGACAUUGGGAAACUGAACCCCCAGAAGCUCCCGAACUUGAAAGGCAUUCUGAGUCUGCAGGCAGGAGCCCCCAAACCUGAAGAUAACCCGUCACUCAACAUUGACCUAAGGAUCCAGCAGGUGGCCAUAUCAGGUCUUAAGGUGAGUCGUCUUGAAAUGUUUGGAGAGAAGUACAAGCCAUUUAAAGGGGUCAAGUAUGUGACUAAAGCGGGAAAAUUUCAAGUGAGGACCUGAGUAAUGACUGUUUGGGGUCAAAAGUCAGCAAUCCAAUGUGCCAAAUAGGGGGCAAGAUUAUCAAUAUUCCAAUAUGUCUUACAUCUCCUCUGGCUCAUUGUUAUUAAUUAACAGUUAUUUAUUAUGUGGCCUUAAUAAUCAAUGUGACCAUGUUGAAGUGCUAAUGGUGUCUGUCCAGUUCAAAUGUGCAGCAUUGUAUGAACCAUUCCUUCUGUCUUUUUGGACCAUUUUGUUUUUCUAUUUUACCACAUUCUGAGUCUUGCCAAAGGGGAAUAUUUUGGUUUGAAAAGGGACACUCGGGGCUCACCAACUCCUCCUCGAUACUUCAUCACACUUUUACAAUCCUCAUGUUGCCUGAGAGUGAGCAUCCGUGCCUUUUUGAAAACCUGUUUACUAAUUAUCUGUAUUGUGUUUUUGCUUACAUUCACUCUUUAAUGUGGUCUUGGUUAGGGUGCUUUGUAAAGCACACUACAGCACAAACUGCAUGUUUCAGAGGCCUACGGGCAAAUACAUUUUUAAAAUGUAUAUCUAUAUUUAAGGUACAUAGUUGGACUUAUCUGUAUAGACAAGAUACAUCUUUUGGGAACAGUUUUCUCUUUUGUGAAAUCAAAAAAAAAUCCUUGCUUAA